AUGGCAAAUUAUAGUAUGCGAGAGUAUACCGACAUGGUAAUCAUGUACGGUGUAGCUGGAGAAAACGCUCUUGCCGCCGCCCGCCUCUACGCGGAACGAUUUCCCGAACGCGAACAACAUCCAGGCGUGCAUACUAUUUUGAGAUGCAUUCAUCGUUUUCGACAGACGAGAUCAGUGUUGCAAAAUCGACGAUACGAAGGUAUAAUAAAUAUUCGCGUGGAUGCUGAGGAGAGAAUUCUGCGAGCGUUUGAAGAGAAUCCUAGAAGCAGCAUACGUCGUGUCGGUCAUACGCUCGGUCUCCCAAGAAAUACGGUGCACCGUGCUCUACGCCGUAACGGACUUCAUCCGUACCAUUUCCAGCGAGUGCAGCAACUUCUUGCUCGAGAUCAAGAGCCACGCAUCUAUUUUUGUGAAG